GAGAUCUGAGAUCUCCAUUCCGAGGACCUGUCCCUGUGUGUCCUAAGCACUGGCUGUAUACUGGGGUCUUGCUCAGGGCCAUCUGUGUACAUGUUUUUUGCUCAAUAGAUGCCUGAUGAAUUUAAGUGACUAGACAUUAAACUGGAAUUGGAUCUGCCCACCUGCUCUUAAGAAAUUCAACUCUGCAAACGAUAUAUUCCACAACUACAAAAGAAGGUGACAGCCAAAGCAGAUGAAGCCGCCCUUAUAAGGGUAGGAAGAAUUCAGUAAGACUACUGGCUCAACACUGGCAUUGUAGUUUGCUGAAUCUUACGUCCACUGACCAUUCCAGGAGCUAUCUAUCUGAGUUCCAGAUUCCAACGAUGUCUCACCCAUCUUGGCUGCCACCCAAAAGCACCGGUGAACCCCUUGGCCAUGUGCCUGCUCGGAUGGAGACCACCCAUGCCUUUGGGACCCCCAGCAUUUCGGUGUCCACACAGCAACCACCCAAGAAGUUUGCACCAGUAGUUGCUCCAAAGCCCAAGUACAACCCAUACAAGCAGCCUGGUGGUGAAGGUGAUUUUCUGCCGCCCCCCCCUCCACCUCUAGAUGAUCCUGGUGCUCUUCCAUCCAGCCCUGGAAACUUCCCUCCUCCACCACCUCUUGAUGAAGGUACUUUCAGGGCACAGCAGGGAAACCCUGGAGGCAAGACCCUCGAAGAGAGACGUUCUAGCCUGGAUGCUGAGAUAGACUCACUGACCAGCAUCUUAGCAGACCUUGAGUGCAGCUCCCCCUACAAGCCUCGGCCCCCACAGGGCUCUACUAGUUCGACAGCCUCUCCUCCAGUCUCCACCCCUGUCACAGGACACAAAAGAAUGGUUAUACCAAACCAACCCCCUCUAACAGCAACCAAAAAGUCUACCUUGAAACCCCAGCCUGCACCCCAGGCUGGACCCAUCCCCGUGGCACCGAUUGGAACACUAAAGCCCCAGCCUCCACCGGUCCCUGCCUCCUAUACAACGGCGUCCACCCCUUCAAGGCCUACCUUUAAUGUACAAGUGAAGUCAGCUCAGCCCAGCUCUCUUUACAUGGCUGCUCCUUCAUCAGGACAAUUUUAUGGCACAGGCCCAGGACCCCAGGGCUAUAACACUCAGCCAGUUUCUAUCUCUGGGCAGUGCCCACCUCCUUCCACACGGGGGGGCAUGGAUUAUGCCUAUAUGCCACCGCCAGGACUUCAGCCUGAGCCUGGGUAUGGGUAUGCCCCCAACCAAGGUCGUUACUAUGAAGCCUCUUGCCCAGCAGGGCCUGGCUAUGGGGGCAAAAAUGACUCUGAUCCGCCUUAUGGUCAACAAGGUCACCCAAAUACCUGGAAGCGAGAACAAGGGUAUCCUCCUUUUGGAACAGGAAACCAGAACCCGGCUGGGAUGUAUCCAGUUGCUGGUCCCAAGAAGACCUAUAUCACAGAUCCAGUUUCAGCACCCUGUGCAUCACCACUGCAGCAAAAGGGUGGACAAACAGGGUCCAUGGGGCCUCCAGCUGUUCCCCCAUCAUUCCGCCCUGAAGAUGAGCUUGAACACCUGACCAAGAAGAUGCUGUAUGAUAUGGAAAAUCCACCUGCUGAUGAAUACUUUGGCCGCUGUGCUCGCUGUGGAGAAAAUGUGGUUGGGGAAGGGACAGGAUGCACUGCCAUGGAUCAGGUCUUCCAUGUGGAUUGUUUCACCUGCAUCAUCUGCAACAACAAGCUCCGGGGACAGCCCUUCUAUGCGGUGGAGAAGAAAGCUUACUGCGAGCCCUGCUACAUCAAUACCCUGGAGCAGUGCAGUGUGUGCUCUAAGCCCAUCAUGGAGCGGAUUCUGCGAGCCACCGGGAAGGCCUAUCAUCCUCACUGCUUUACCUGUGUGAUGUGCCACCGCAGCCUUGAUGGGAUCCCGUUCACCGUGGAUGCUGGUGGCCUCAUUCAUUGCAUUGAGGACUUCCACAAGGCCUGGAAGCACUCUAGGAGCCGAAAAGCAGAGUCUAAGAGCAGAAACCAAACAAGACCAAAUCAAGCAAAAGAAACAAGAAAUUUGCUCCCCGAUGUUCUGUGUGCAAGGAGCCUAUCAUGCCAGCCCCAGGCCAGGAGGAGACUGUCCGGAUUGUGGCUCUGGAUCGUGAUUUCCAUGUUCACUGCUACCGGUGUGAGGAUUGUGGCGGUCUCCUGUCCGAAGGAGAUAACCAAGGCUGCUACCCUCUGGACGGACACAUCCUCUGCAAGACCUGCAACUCUGCCCGCAUCAGGGUGCUCACCGCCAAAGCCAGCACCGACCUUUAAAUACGGUCGCCUGCUUAGCUGGUUAGUUGGUGGCGCUGAGAAGAAGGAAACACAAGAAAAAGAUAAGAAAAGAAAUGGGAAAAUACAGGAAAGGCAAUCAAGCCGUGGGAUAGUCUCUGUUCUUCCUCUAAUAUUAACCUUUCUUUAGAAGCACAUAGAUGAUGAGAUUUUUUUUUUCUUGUAAGUUCUCACCAAAUACACAUUUCACAUUUAAUCAUGCAGGACCUCGAUGGGCCUUUGUUCCCCAGGACUUCCACAUUUUUGCACGGAUUAUACUCCAUCCCAUUCACUUCUGCAUUCCUUUAACUUUUAAUCCCUGUGUUUGUCUCACUUUUCAUCUGGUUGAAUGGCUUUUUUUAGCGUGGUAUUUGCUGUCGCACAGUUUUUCCUGGGUGAGUCGGCCGACUCACAGGUGCUUUGAGGCUUGAAGGUCCCAUCCUAUCAGCUCCCCGUGGCCUGGGAUCAGAAAGGAUAGCCAUUCUUUCUCUGUGUUUUGAAAAGCACAUCUUGUUGCUCUAAACUAGCCAUGCCCCUUGAGGGGUUGGUGGGGGGAAGGUGUGCCACGUGUGUUAAGCUACAAAGAAUUUAAGCUGUAAAUUACAUAGGUUAAAACAAGCCCCAAUUUAAUUUGCAACCUAAUUUGAUUGGAAAUUCAAAAUCUCUAGUGACCAGUGGUCAGGGCUCAUUUGUAAACAGAUAUUGGUGAGAGAGAGCCAAAAUUCACUUUUUUUUUUUCUAAAGGAAUUACCAGUGGGACACGCUGGGAAAAAAAAGCAUUUGGGGGGUAUUUUGAAAAUCCUAUUAAUAUCCCACAACACCAUCUUCAGAAUUUCCUUUUCCAUGCCACCUAGGUAAUAAUACAGACAAACUUUGUUUUCUCUGGAACGUAACAUUUCCAAUACUGUCCCACUUUUCAUCUCCGAAAUACUGCCAUUUUUUUUUUUUUUAAUAAUAUCCAAACACAACCACCAAAGUUGAGUUUUCUCUGGAGGAAGAUGGUUGUAAAGAACUGUUCUUAUUCUUUUUUUUUUUUUUUUUUUUUUGUCCCCCAGGCCCAGGUCCUUUUUGCCUGACAACUGCAAAUCAGAGCACACAAAAUAAAAUUGUGUAGUUUUGUUUAGUUUACUUUAAAAAGACAGGAAAGCUUGAAAAAAAUGUGAAACCAUUUCAUUACUACCGUAAUCCUGCCGCAACUCAAAUUGCAUAUCGUGGGGAGAUGUUGUCCUAUCAUGGAUGUGACAUUUACACCACACUUUCAAAGACAAUCGCUGAAAAAAAAAUUGCUUUUUUUCUGAGCUAAAAAUAUGCAGAGUCUCUGCCUGGAAUCUUUAUUCAAACUCUUACUGGGCAUUGAAACACUUGCUUGCCAACUACAGAACCAUUCUAGUGGGUUCUGACUUGUUUCUUUUAAAGAGAGACACCCAUCUUUGUAACGGCAGGUUGCCAUUUUGUAAACUAAUCAAAUAUUUUGGAUUGAGAUUUCUUAAACGUUUCUUCAAAUCUUCCACAAGUAUAUACUUUUAAAUUAUGAAGUAUUUUAAAUAGACACAAAAUAUAAAUAAUAAUAUAAUGAAUCCCUGUAUACAUAACACCCAGUUUAAGAAAUCAAAUAUAACAAGUAGAGUUACAUUCCCUUAGGCGCCCUUCCCUGAGUCCACAAAUACCUUUUUCAUGAUUAUAAAGUGAUAAAGUCGAUUUUCUCUUCUGACAUUUACUUUAAUUUUUUAUUUUAAAGCUCAGAACAGAAAUGAAAAGUUAUUUGUGCAUGUUUUGAUUUAUACCCCAUGCCUCAGGAACGCCAAUUACAUUUAUUUUACUUUAGCAGAAAUGAUUGUAAAAAUGGUUCUGUUUUCUUUUCUUUUUCUUUUUCUUUUUUUUUUUUUCAACAAGAACUUCUUAAGCCUAUGGUCACUAGUUCAUCUAAGUUAAUUUGUGGCUCUUUUGCCUUGGUCACCCAAAGUGACUGCCAAAGUUACAGCUUUGCAAAGUUUUCUUGGAAAACUUUGUUUUUUUCCCCUUACUUUGCUACUCUUAUCAUUGGUCUUAUAUUUUUCUUAAUGUGAAAUACAAUGGGAUUCAUUUUGGGCAGCAUGUGAAUUUUUGGAUACAAUAGUGAAACUUACUUCUGAAUUUCUGUCCUCCAAAUCCAAGAUCAGACAUGCUGAUUACCUCAAAGAGCACUGACUUUUAGACAAUUGGAAAGAGAAUGUAAUUUGCUUGAAUGGCUUCAGCAGUUUGUUUUCUAUGAAAUACUUCGGGGGAAAUCAUGUUUAGGCCCAAAGCCCAAUUUAUUGAGAGAUGGAUUUUAUCUCUUGAAGAGCAGUCAUAUUAUUAUGAAUUUUGCUAAAAGAGGAAAAUGUAUGAAAUAUUUAUACUAUAAAAAUGCAAUGACAUUCUACUUGUUUGUUACAUUUAAGUCCUUGUGUAACUAAAUGUUUACAAGCCAAAACAUUUUAAAGAGAAAGUUAUAAGAAAAUGCUGUCACAUACCCAUCACUGUGGCAUUGCCAGAAUAUUGCUUGCUUUCAAUCUUUAUAGUACAUUUUUAUCACAUAACCUCAGAGUAUCUUUACCAAAGAGUUUUAAAAUAAAUCUCUUUUUAAUAUAGACUUAUUAUACUUUUAUAAUAAUGAAUGUGCACACACACAUAUGCAGAAAUAUCUAGAUUUAGAUUUCUUUUCUUUCACAAGGUAUAAUAAGGAAAGGAUCCUACAUAUUUUAGUCCAGGAUUUCUUAAGUAUAUGAUUUAUAUUGCUUUCUUGUCUUUUCUAUUAAUCAUUUGGUUGAAACAAUGCCAAAUCACUCUUUACUCUUUUAGUUAUGUGAAAUUUUGCCUAUAACAGAGACAGAAAGAUGAUAUGACCUUAACAAUUAUAAUUCUUUUGUCUUUGAGUAUAUUGUCUUGAUUAUUAUUUAAAUUCAUAAAUAAUAGAAAAAUCAGAGUUUAUAAAAGAAAGUUUGUUAAAAUAUACAGGCUUUAAAAAAUUGUCAAGAACAUAAAUAUUUGGUAAUUCUGUGUAAUGAGAGACACGGAAAAGGAAAAAAACCCCACUAUGUCAUGGGCUCUGCACAUGGUUUCAAAAUCAAAUUUCUUCACUAUCAGGAUCCCUAGCUCACACUGACUCAAUGUGGAGUCUUAUUUGCAAGCAAAAUUGCAUUUAACUCAAAUAGCAUUAAACUCAAAACUAAGUCAUGUGUCCCAACAUAGGACAUCAAGGCUUUGAGAUGCUGGACAUCUCUGCAGCUCAAAGAUGUGGGUUCUUUUUCCUGUCGUUGAUAAAUGGUUUUUGUAGGGGCAACUUCUCAAAUCAAAAUUAUGUCAUUGGCUGUAUGCUGACUAAUGCAGCAGUUAACACUAACGCUGUUUUCUCGCCACACAAGAUUCUGCAAAGAUGUUUAUGGUGAUGUUUAAAGUAUAUAAAACUCUAACUACAUUUAAACAAGUGUUUUUAUUUGGGUUCAGAGGAAGAAAGAGAGCACUUUUACAAUGGGGCUCUAGAAGAGGGUUUAUUGAAUAUAGACAGGACUCUAAAAAACACAACUUAACAACAGUUUUCCUAGUUAGUAAAAACCCUAUUAAUGUGAACCAGCCAUGAAUAACAGUGUUAUUUCUAUUUGAUAUGGUUUGGGCUUCUCUUGUCAAAUCUGUGCCGGCUGCCCCCUGAUCCCUCCAUCAUCAAGUUUUGAAGGGUGUCGGGGAAAUUAUGGCAGCUGCUAGGGAGAUCAGGGAAACACUGGUGUGACCUCCCAGCCUCUCACCACUCCUCUUGGCUUGGAAAGGCUUCUUUUUCUCAUAGACAUUUCUAGAAAUAUUGCCAUUCUACCUUAGUAUUUCACAUUUGUAGUUUAAACAAGUGAUUGUCCAUCUGUUGCCUAGAGCUGCAGUACAUGUGUGUUAUGAAUGAAAUAUGACAGCAUGUUCCAUACCCUGCUUUAGCCAUCUGUAGGAAACCAGUAGGCUGAAAAAGAUGUACCUCUGCAAAAUGUGCCUGAAGUCCCUUUCUUGAGAUCGCUCUCUCAGUGCACUUUUGUGGGAGACAAUCAGAGAGCAACAUGUAUGUGUGCCUUAUGUGUAAAGAAUCUCUACACUACUACGAAUACUCCAGUGGAGAGUCCAUAACAUUAGCAAUCAUCUCCCAAAUUUCCAAGAUCCACUCAUCAAAAAAGAAAACAAAAUCCAGAUAAAUGUAAACUCUUUUAUCUUAAUGUAUUCUAAUAGUGUUUCUUUUCUCCUUGUCUCUCGGAGAAGUACCUUAUGGAUUCCUGAAUUAAGAGAACACUUUUAUGCCAGAAGGUGGUGUUUCAGAUGUUUAGUGAUUAUCUUUGGUCUUACUCUGAUCUUAGUCAGAUAAUGAAGGCAGACUUCAGUAUGAGCCUUUACCACCAUUCAGCACAUAUUACUUUUAGUAAUUGUCAUAGCUUUUUGGCUUGUCUGUGGUCUUAAUUUAAUAGUGGACAGAACCAGUUGGGAGCAGGAUUGAGUUCUGAGUCAUUGUGGUACGUACAACCGUGGACAUUUCAGGUUGUUAUUCAUGUGACAGAUAGCUAGAAUGAAACUCUUCUCAAGAGGCUGUUGUUUGGGGUAGCUUAUUCAAACCUUAAAAAAAAUUAUCUGAUUAAAGCUCCGUGAUUUGGUGAGAAUUCUUCCUCUUUUCCUCUUUGCCUCUUUUUCUCCUUCCUUCCCUUUUCAUUCCUGCCCUCCUUUCUUACAUUCUGUCCUUCUUUUCAUCCUACCUAUUAAUGAUAUUGUGGCUUGGAUUUUUCACAAGUAAAUUAUAUCAGUGCAUUCUGAUCUUUAUGGAAUUAUGAUCACAUUAAGGGAAGAAGACGACUACCGUCAAAUAUAUAUGGCAUCCAUAAACCCUUCCUUUUAAAAAGGGCAUAUUUUCCAGAUUGUAUUUAUUCAUAAAGCGAGAUGAGAUAAUAGAGUCUUUCAGUUUUAUUUUAAUGAGUUUUCAUCAGGGACUCAGAUCAUAGAGUUCUUGGCAAAUUCACUUAUGACUGCCCUACUUUUCUCAGCUAUAUGCAAAGUGAUCUUUCUAAGAUUAGGUUAAGAAUUUUUUUUUUAAAGUCCGAAGCAUUCUGACCGACAAAACAAUCAUAUUUUUAAGUGGUGUGGCAUGUUAUUUUAUUCCUAAUGAAACUUGGUAAUUUUCCUGCUGGCAAGGAAAAACUAUCAUCCUUCUGGAAUUUUUACACAUAUCAGCAUUUUGCCUAUGAGCAUAAUAUUAAAUCCUAAUAGUCGGAUCACAGUAUUUAACAAGGGUAGGUCAGUGCCAGAGUUUUUCCUAGAUCACAGCUCACAGGCCUGUAGUAUGUUUAUAAAAAGCAAAAAAAGCAACCUGAGAAGAACAAGUCUGGAUCUCUCAGUAAAGCAUCUUGUUAAAAUUCAGCUUUGAGAUUCUUUUGAACUCUGGCUAGUACUGAUAAAAAUAUGCCCUCUGUGUCCAUUUCUUUUUAAUUUGUUUGGAAAAAGCUUAUAAUUCUAGGGAUGUAUUUCUACUUUGCGUCUCUGCUCUCACUUCUACUUUCUUUAAGUUUUCACAGGAUUUACAUUGACUUUCCUUUUUGAAAGGGUCAUGUGUGAGGAAAGCAAAACAUAUUUAAUAUAUAGUUAAUUCAAUACGUAAGUGAAUUAGCCAAGUCUCGGUAGCUAUGUUGUUUUGAUACAGAAACAGAGUUUUGUUUGGUUUUGGUUUUUGUUCGUUUGUUUGUUUGUUUGUUUGUUUGUUUGUUUUUAACCUGUCUCCACGUAGAGUGGGAUUCAGAAGACAAAGGAGGGAUUUAAGAAAAGGGACAGUCUACAAUUAAAAUGAUGGCCAGAGAGUUUUUGUAAAGUAUAACUCUGAAAACAUUGGAGGGGUUUUAGGGAUCAGCAAUUGUAGUUGUUUGAACAAGUAAAAUAUUUAUGCUUCCAAGUUUACUAUGUAUUGAAAAAUCACUAUAGAUAACAAUAUUUGUUUCCCUUGUCAGAAAAAAGUGAAAUGACAGCAGCUGCUAGGCCCCACGACAUGGAUCAGAGCUACUCCAGAACUUUAUAAUGCAUGUCCUUUCAUCCCCUCCAAGAGAGGGGCAUAGCUCAUGCUCAGCCUGAAAGAUGGUGAUACAUAUUCUUGGGCACACCGCACUGCACCCUAAGCAUCUCUGAAGGUUAGAGGUUUCUGCUUUCACUCAUGAAAGGUUUUAUCCCUUUCCAGUACUUGCCUGAUGAUGACAGUAAGUAGAAGCUUUUAGAUCUGUGGUUCUCUUGUUGAAACCCAAUCAUCCACUAAUCUGUAAUGCCAUCCCUAAACAUCCAAAUUAUAACUUAUUUAGACUAGUUUUCUCUUUUUUAGUUGCAAACACAGAAAAUUAACUUUAUCUUACUAACUUUAAAAGAAAGAAAUAUAAAAUGGCCUAUCUUCCUUUAAAAGGACACUUAUUCCUUUCUCUAUUUUACUUUUCUGCCCCUUGUACAAAAAAGUUAUAGACACUAUUUAGUUAUCCAACAGGCAUGUGUGGCUUAUUUUGUGGAAAGUAUGGAAGAUGCAUUUUUGUUAAAUUCAUGAACAUUUCCCCUUAAAAUCACAUAAAAAAAAUUACUAAAAUCUUUGGUCUUUGUUUCUGAUUGUUACUUAAUUUAUCCACAGUCUAACCACACUAAUACAUAUCUCUAUUUCCAAGCCUUUGUUAUAAACAAAAAUUAAUAUUCUGCAAAUAAAAAGUUAUACAUACUAGAGAGAGGAGAAAACCUAUAGCUAAUUCUUUUGUAAUAAUUUAAGAUACUGGCAUUAAUCUUUCCUUACAAUACACCUUUUUAAAUUUUUCCAAGCUACUCAUUAACUUAGGGGCAAGAGAAAACCUUACUCAUUUAACUCUGAUAGACAUUUAACUGACCCAAAUGGCAGCCUUAUUAAACAACCCAUAUAAUGGAUUCAGUCAACCUGUCACUGACCAUAGCUUCUAGUUCACUUCUAAACACCAGAAGUAGAAUGAUUUACCAAGAAUAAGACAGAUGUUGCUAUAUCGUCUUGUGUUCUACACUAGCAUUGAGGGUUAUAGCUGACCCCUGACAUCCUUUGGUGGUGUUGCCAGACAAACAUAGAAUCAUGGGCCUUUUAAGAAUCGGAAUCUCUUCUGUUAUUUUGCUACCAAGUCACCAUCUCAUUUCUUAGACCUGGCCAGUAUGUAGUACUGUUCCCAGCAGUCCAUUCUACUAUUAUGGCAACUCUUUUCUACAAAAGUUCUUUCUCCUGCUGCAUAUAAUUUUUUCUGCAGGGCUUUGCAAAAACGAUUCUAAUGUCUAAAUCUUUACUUCAAGAUCAGAUAUCACUAACUCUUUCAGCUCUUUCCCAUUUAUUGACAUGAUGUCAAGUCCGAUCACCCUACUGCUUCUCCUUUGAACAGUUGUAUAAAUAGUUUCUAAUUCUAUUUCACUCUACUUGAUGAGGCCUAGUAAUCACCUUGGGUCAGGCUAGGUAGAAAAACUUUGUUCUGGAGUUGAAAAGUAAAUGGACUUGAAGUCACCCAAAAGAAACUGAUAGCCAAUGUGGAAAUUUCCACCAAGGACUCAAGACUCAGGAGAGUGGAAGGCAGAUGAGGCUAGAUCUUCCAUGUGUACAAAACAGACCUUUUACUUUGUGUCCUAUUUUUGAUGUAGCCAAAAUUAAAGUCAUUCUGAAAACAAGAAGCAAGCUAACUUGUAUGCCAUCCGUGAGAUUCCCACUUCUUGGUUAAUGUUUAUAAAGUCUCUUUAAACCUACUCUUCCUUUGUCUCUGUCUUCUCAGAAAUAACACAUUUUUUUUUUUUUUUUUUUUUUUUUUGGUCCAUGUCCCCAUACUGAAUGCAGAAAAAGAGUUCUGGCUACUUUCUAGGUUUAACAUAAAUACGUACUUGCUAAUUGGUUUUGAGAUUCACUUCCAUUCUUUUGUUCUCCGAUGUUUGUACCUAGAGAUGUUACACUUUAGACCAAGCAAACAGCUUCCCUACAUGAUCAAUUAGGAACUAUUCUUAGGAGUCCGUAUUUCUCUUUAUUUUGUCUUUUUAACCUUUCUAACCUGUAAGCCUCUGUGUAUAUCCUAGAAGCUACCCUACAUGGCAGUCCAACAUCCCUUUCUCAUAUUAAUUUAAUAAUUACUAUAAUAGAAUCAGCCCCUAAGUAACUUUGAUUCAGUCCAGUUGCAAUAAGGUCAAACAGGUUCAAUGUGUACUAAGGUCGAUAGCAUUAAGAAGGGUACUGCUUUCUAGUGGCAUCAGUAGGGCUUCGUUGAGGAGGGAAACUUGGUAAGAAAUAUUGAACUGACUCAUUGAGUUAAUGUGGAAACGCUGAAGGGAGACUAUUUAAGGCACUAGAAACAACAGAAAAGCACAAGCUAUCCUUAGACCCUCUACUUUAAGUAUUAUGGAUUCUGGAAUUUCCUUAAAGGAGAAAAACUUUCCAGAUAUUCAGGGUCAAUGGGAAGGUAAAAGACAUAGAGGAAAUCUAAUUCAAUUGCUAUUUUCUAUCUUGCCUCUUUAUAAUUGGAAGAUAGGAUGACUGCCAAAAUAUAAACCAGCACAUACAUUAUGAACAGGAAGCUUUAUACCAGAUUACUCUCAGAGCAAACACAUGUGUCUUUUGAACCCUGCAAGAGAAGAAGCAAGUCAUCCUUAUUUUCCUAUGACUUUAGGUCAACAGUUGGAAAGGACCCAGCCAUCAUCUAUUCCACUUGGUGUUAAAAUUCCCUUGCCAAUUCACUGUUAAGUGACAAUCCAGACUCUGCUUAAGCAUCACCUGCAUCAACAAGCUCAUGACUUCUUCUCCCAGGUGCCACACAAAACUAAUCUUUAGUACACAGUAAAAUGUUCUUCCUCCCUUCAUUUUCCUUCCACGUAUACUUGUUUUCAUCUUGGGAACACAUUACUUUAAAAGGGAAACCUUCAUUAUUAGCUAAAGAUGACAAAAACCUUUUAAAAAAUCCUUAAAAAUGGUCUGAAGGAUUUUCUGAGGGUCAGGUUUUAGAGUUUACGAGUAUUUUGUUGUUGUUGUUGUUGUUGUUGUUAUUUUCUAACUCAAAAGACAAAGUGUUCCGAUAGUUGGUAUGUAGCUUUUUGGACUCCUCCAGUGACCAACCCAUGAACAGUCCACUCCAGUUACCUGGCCUGCUGCUAAUGACCUUGAAAUGUUGAAACCUGCCUGCCCCUGAUCUCCACUUCUAAAAAGGAAGGAAGUCAAAAGCAAAAGAGAGUAGUUCUGUCGAAAGUCUACUUCUGUCCAGUUGUUGUUUGCCAAAGGAAAUUCGUCCUUGGGGGAAGGGGUGACAUUAUGUUGUGGUCUUAGGCAGAAGUGUACAGAUUCUCUCAUCAGCACCCUGGGUUCCCAUGCACCGCCGGUAGUGCCCCUCCCCAGCUUUGAAUUAGAGAGCCCUGUCGGCAGAAUCUGUCAUCAGUCUCCCGGGCAGGACCUGGGGGUGGCUUUCUGAGCUCUAAAAUAAUAAUUCCUAAGAGAGCUUACAAACUGCUUUCACACAUGAAACAGCCCUGGGAGGAAGGUUAUUAAUAGCCCUAUCCUAGAAGAGAGAGCCGAGGCUCAGAAUCGUUAAGUGACUUGCCAAAAGCGAUACAGCUGGUAAGUGGCAGAUCUGGGGACACAGCCAGGUCGUGCAAGUCCAGUGCUCUCUCCAGUGGCCACUCUCAGGGCACAGACUACCUCAGAGCACAGUAUAUGCUUCACACACACUCGUGUGCCCUGCUCAAAGGCAGCCAGGGCAGUUCUCAUAGACCAUUAGAGACCUCAGGUGGCAAAGCCACGUGUGCCCGGUGCUGCCUUGCCAUCCUGCGUGCAGGGUCUGUGUCAUCCUGUGGGAAACUACUAGGCAUUCUAUCAUCUGAUCCGACAUCAGCACUGUGAUGAUGUCAGUGGGGGAAGGCCACCGCCAAGAACAAACAGCUGUGCCACCGAAGCACACUGCAGCAAAUUUCCCCGGAGACGGUUGGUUUACUUUACAUUAAGGGGAAAACUCUGGAACUGUGAGGUUCAGCAUAUCAACCAAGAUUGUAUCAUUUCGAAUGCGGCAGAGGGCAGAGGCGACUUGGUCCUUAAGACAGUCUCUCUCCCGGGGGUUACGAUUUAUGCCCCACAGAGAUGGAAAGUGCUGGAGGUAAGCAAUGCCUAUUAUUCUCCUUCUCAGUUCACAUUUAUUGAGGCCCCACAGAGUAUGUCACUGCACCAGGCAUUUCCCAACCACCUUACCAACCCAUGACCUUGAAAUGUCUGGGAGCAAAGGCAGCAGGACCGAAUGCAGCCUCCCUAUUUGGUGUUUGCCCUUUGGCAGAUGGGGCUUCCCAGGCCAUCGUGGUUUUGUGAUCUCUGUGUGCUUACUCGAGGGAGUUUGGUACUGUGUUGUCCCCAGGAUGCUCGCUUGUAAGCCACUGUGUAUAUUCUAGAAGCUACCCUACAUGGCAGACCAACAACCCACCAUUCCUUCCCUUGAGCUGCAUCUCUCAGGAAGAUGUGCCUUUUGAUGGGUGCUCUUAGGUUUUUAUUUCCUCCUAUUUCUCAUUAUAGUUGUUUGGCUUCAAGUUAAAGUCGGUGAACUGAUUGAAAGAUGUUCUCUCUUCAUCUGAGUUAAAUCUCCUGCAGGAAACCUUUAAAAUGAUCUCAUCUAAUAAGCCUUCUAGGCUUUUCCCUCCCUAGAAGCUACCAUCCAUCAAGCCACUCUCAGUGUCCCUCUGCUUAUUCCCUGGGAUUAAUGAGGGCCAAGUUAAGUCACAAAUGGCCUCUCACUCCUUUCCACACUUCACACCUGGAAUACAAAGGAUGUGCCAGCGGGGCCAGCAGGGUAGUACCCUUAGCGGAAAUGGCAACAGUCAGAGCUUAGAAAAAGGAGCCUUGUCUUCCCAUGAGGCUUGAUCAAUGCUCUGGCUGACGCAGUGGAGAGCAAUUCUUGUAGGAUAGAUGGAGUAUCUCCACCCAAGAGCGGGUGAAAGGAGAGAGAAGAAUUUUGAGAACUCUCGAGAAUUAUCUAGGUGAGUACACCUGGGUAGGGACAUCCAUGAGUAGAACCUGUGACAUCUCCUCAGCAGGAACAAAAGGGCAGGGAGGCAGUGAAGAUGAAGAAGCAGCCCUUUAAAAAAAAAAGAAAGGGAGUCACAAAUCCUGAUCUCCCUUUACAUAAUGUAAAGAAAAUUAUGAAUAAAACUUUUCCUUCCUCCAUUCUGCAUGAUACAGUCCUCCAUAUGUAGGGAAAACACAAUUGCGUUGUCUUUAAAACACACACCCGUGCACGUGCGUGCACACCCUCUCACACAUAUGCACAUACAAGCAUCUUCCAAGAAAGCUGAUCCUUCAAAAAAAGAAAUCUUAUUUUAAAACACUUGGGUUUUUCAGGCCGGGAAAUUAAUAAUUCCUAGACCUGACCCAUUUUUGUGGCUGCCAAAAAGGAAAAGAAAAAGCUCUUUAAAUUUUGUAUGGAUCCAUUUAUCUCUUAAAAUAUGCCAAAGCAAUUUGAGGUGGGGGUGGAAACGAAAGUAUUUAUCACUCCUGCUUGAUUCUCUCUUUACAUCUCUAUCUGUGGGGAAAAGGGUAAAGAUUCUUCCUGGGCCGUUGUUAUUGAUGCAUCGUGUUAUCACCUUGGAAGACGCCUGCUUGCUCCCUGCCAAGAGGAGAGUAUCACACUUGCUCUCCUAACUUCAUUUACUCUAUCACAAGGGAGUAAAUAUUAAGUCUGGAUGUCUUUCCUCACAAAAUUAUUUAAUGCCAUUUCUGAACUGCUUUAGAACAUGCAAAAAGGGGAGAGCUAGUUUUUCUUGGAUACAUGUCUCCUUUCUUUUCUUUCUUGGGAGACUUAAAUCUAAAGGGGGAAAAAAUCCAAUACCUUCUCAUCUCUUUUUCUCUGUGGGUGACAGCUGAUGAUCACUUAGGAACCAUAAGCCAGAAGUAGGAGAAGAGCAUAGCCGGGUUAUGAUGUAUCUGCCAACGUGUUUCAUUCCUUCAAACACAGACUUCAGAGGAAACGGGAUUCUUAGCAGUUAAAUGCCAACAAUAGAAAUGGCCUGAUUUUAAUUUCAAAUAGUAAAAGGCAAGUUGAUAUUUAGGCAAUGUUUGCAUUUUACUAACCCUUCUGCCGAUUUUUUAGAUGAAUGCCAAGCACAUCAGUGUAUCAGGGAGAAAUUGCCAGAAAGAGCCAAAGUGCCUUAGACCUCUCUCAUUAGGUUGAAGCUGGUAUGCACCCUACCAGCCUUCUCACUGCGCUGAAAUGUCAGAAUUGAGAUGCAUCCUUUGAGGAAAGAGACUUAGAACCCUGGAAGUUAAAUCCUGUCACCAGUACGUGUAGCAAAGUAGUUGCAAAAUCACGUUUCAAUGACUUUCUCCCUUUUACUCCCCAUCUAUUCUCUUGGGAAAGCUGAUAAGCAAAUUAUCCAAGAAUUAUUUCCUUAUUAAACAAAGUUAGAAUCUCCCCGCCCCCCCAAGUCUGAAUUCUCCCCUUGUUCUUUUUCAGGAAAUAUGAAAUAGCAAACAGAACUAAAGAUGCCACUUGAUUGUCUGAUCCUUUGGCAUGAAUAAAAUUAUCCUGUGAUUGAAUGUGCCUUAAGUGAAAAUUUAAACUUAGAUGCAGAAUUUUCACAGCUGGACGCCGUGUUAAUUUCUGCCAGGUUAUCUGUGCAGGGAACUACUUUGUUUUUGUUUUGUCUUUUAAACUCCACGUUUAUCAUUAGUUUAGCAGAUUUGGGGCUCUCUCUCUCUCUCUGCUGGGAAUAUGUGCAAUUGUGAGACGCACCCAAAAAAAAAAAAAAAAAAAGGAAGGGAAAGAACUUUCUGAGUGGCAAAUCUGUGCCAUGAAGGAGACGUGACAUGGAGAUGCAGAGCCCGAGGAUAGUAAUUUCUCGGAGCUGCACACACGAGCUUUUAUUUCAUGGCUUUGUCACCGGCUUUUCUCCUUCUGUGCCGUCACCUUUGAGAAAUACGAUGCCACCUUCUCCAAGUCUGCCUUUUUAACAGCUACAGUUGAGUUGGCAAGACUUCCCCAGCUCUGAAUAUAGCCAUUUGCCGACUCCGGCCUCUUUGCGAGACUGACUCAAAUCUGUGAUCUUCUGUUCAGCAUACACAUCAGCAAAGUGAGAAGAUGAGCACUAAAUAUAGGCUCUAUUAACUUUACUUUUAGACUUACUGCCUUCAAAAAGUGCCUAUUCUGAGAAACAUAAACGUUAUUCCUACAUAUGUAUGUACACACGGUACCCAGAGUCAUACUGUGCAGCCUUCAAAAACAUACCAUCUCGAAGAGUAGGUGCUAAGAUAAGGAACGCUUGCCAAAUGGAAGAAAGUCACUCAUUUCCAAUAUCCCCUCUCGAGUGGCACCGUGGAACAGGCUGCAAACACAUUCCCUGAGCAUUCCUUGCUGAUACAGCCACUUUAUAUUUAUAUCCGACUGGAUGGUGGCAUACUGCUGAGGCUUCCUGUACUCUGCUACCAGGGAGUAUAUGCUGCAUGGAAUUGGAAUAUUUAGUCAGAAAAAAAAAAAAAACCGACAUUGUUUAAGAGAAUUAAUAGAGCCCAGGAUCUGUAUUAGGAUAUGCGUCAUAUGUGUGUUUUAUAAACUAAGCAUUGGUGGGUUUAGAAUGUCAGCACAUUUUUUUCCUCCUUUUAUCUCACAGGCUAACAUCAGUGAAAAGGGAAGAAAAGUCUUGGCUGUGAGGAUUGGAGGCUCAGGGGGCCAAAUGUCCUUGCCAGAUCCUUAGAGCAUCUUUACUUUGACUCCUAAAAAUAGUAGCAUAUGUUAUCGAGUGGCUUUUGUUUCCAUAGUUCUGCCAUGGGCACUGCAAGCACAGAUCCUGCUGAUGGAGCAGCAGCACAGCCUAGACCGAAGGACUCUUAUCCAGGUGUGGCAGUAGGAGAGGGUCCAGGGAAAUAGGACGAGGUAGACCGUGCAUGAUUUUAGGAAAAGGGUUGAAGGGAGGACGUGCUUCCAAAAAAGAUCUUUCUCAAUGUGUCGUCUGACUCAACCAGCUGGCAAAUUACACUUGCCAAGUCGCUCUCUUUCCUUCUAAGUCAUUUGGCUCCAUGUUCAUUUGAAUACGCCUCUCCUUUGGGAAAGAGAGAUGCCUCCAGUUAGCCUCUCUCCAAGGAAGCUCUUGACGUCGUCUUGGUCACAAAGUUAUCUCCUGCCCCACCCACUUUCACCAAAAGGAAGUAAGGAGGGACGAGCUAUAGGAGACGGUUUCCAUGGCACUGCAGUCAGCCACCAUUCUGCCUUCCAUAUAAGGAGCCCCCCUACAUACACCAGGGAUGAGGCUGGAACAGAUUACUGUUGCAUAAUCUUGAGUGUGGACCACCCUGCUUUAGCUGUCAUUUUAUGAGACCAGUUGGCUCCUUGGAGAAAGAGUGAUACUCUUCACUAAAAAUGUCUACUCUUCCUGUUGACGUUCGUUUUCUGUUUUUACCUUAUCCAAUUUCAACACUAGUCAUUUUCUAUUUUUUAGAGAAUCAGAUGUUAGUGCUAGAUAAGGGUUGAAGAAUCUCUGUGUGGUAUCAGAAGAAGUAUUAGGAUACGGGGUUUUUCUCCUUGGGAACAAGAUAGAUGCAAGGAAAGAGACAAUAGAGCUCUCUGUCCAGGUUUCAACCUGAUGACCAUGACUAUGAGAGAUAGUUUUGUGUAAAUGUUAAGUGGUACUUACAAGUGGACAAAGAAAAGAGAAGGGGGAGACAGAGAGAGGCCAGAUUUUCUCUCUACUAGGAACAAGAACUUCAUGAGGUACAGCAUCGCCCCACCACGAUCAGCUGCUAGUCAGUAGAACAUUCCUUGACUUGGGGAAAGCCACAUGAAAACCUAGAGGGAAUAUGCCGUUUUUCACAUGUGUGCUACUGACAGAGCCAUGAUAUUCCUAAAAUAUAGGUUUCUCUUUCUUAUUUUAUUCUUAACAAAUCACAUUUCUCCACUACAUUAUGAACCAUCACUGACAUCCAAAAUAACCCACAUGAUUCCUUAUGAAAAUAAGAGCAUAAAACCUGUUAUAAGCAAGUGAUUUGGGUAUUUUCUUUGUAUUUACGUAUUAUCCAAUUAUAUGAAAACAUUUCUAUUUACCUUCUGUUUUUCUCAAUUAUGUUUUUCUAAUGCUCUUUAAGAAUGAAUAUGAAAAUGAUAUUCUUUUUUUCUGUAAAAGAACUGCAUCUCCUUUAUUAUAUUUAGAAAUCCAAUAAACUUCUUAUUACAUAUA